UGAAUCCAACAUAGGGAAGGCUGGUCGGAGCGUUGGGUAGCAGUCGGGCAAUAGGCUAAUGAUGGCGGACGGAGUGAGGCAGCAGCGCAGCGCAGCUAAGAGUGGCGGAGCAGAUGAACCCGGGCGCGAAUUUGCGCCGGGUUCAUUCAGAGGGAAUUGCAACAGAGGUAGUCGGGGCGGCGCCGGACAGCUGAAGUUACGAGCGCCCGGAGGCGCUGAUCGGAGUGGGCAGAGAGAGCUACGGGGCAAGCGGAGCAGCGAGUGUGAGACAUACGCAAGCGAGGGGAAGGGACGGAACGGGACGGGAUCCCAUGGCAGAUGCAUGCUAAGCGGAGUAGCAAAGCAGGCAGUGAGCGGUAGUGGGCGGACCAGCAGGGUGCGGGAAGACAAGGGGGGAAAGGCGAAUGCAUCGAGACGAAGUUCGAGGCCGGGUGCAUGCAGGGUAGAGGUGGAGGAGACUCGGCUGUGACAGACGGGCGUUGGGGCAAACAAAGGCAGGCAACGACU